AUGGCCAGCCUCAACGUCUUCAAGAAGCCUCUGGCGCUGCACUCGACCAAGCCCAUGACUGGCUUUUUGCGCAACGGCUACUGCGAGGUGCCGGCAGGAGAUUUCGGAAACCAUAGCGUUGCAGCUGAGGUGACGGACGAGUUUCUGGAAUUCUCGGCAUCGCGUGGAAACGACCUCCGCAUGGCUGGUCUGGCCGGAGGCUGCAAGUGGUGCCUCUGCGCAAGCCGCUGGAAGGAAGCUCUGGAGGCACGCAAGAACGAUCAAGACCCUGUGGUGCCCAAGGUCUUUCUGAACGCGACUAACGAGAAGGCGCUGGAGAAGCUUGAUCUGGGCGACCUCAAGAGGUUUGCUGCCGACAAAGAGGCAUAG